GAAGUCUAAAAGUCAUAUUACUUUUAGUACACAAUUAUAAACAAUAACAAAGAAUUGUAACUUUAAAGAUAUCAAAUCCAUUGUUUGGGAACAACAAGCUAAUCAAAUCAGCACCUCGACCGAAAACAAAGGGCAUUCUUAAUUUAGUGUUGAUGUCAUGACAAAAUCACUGUAGUCGAUUGUUUUCCUUAGCAAGUUGCUGUUGUUAAAAUUUUAAAUUGUUAAGAAAAAAAGCAAUAAAAUGUUAUCAGCUGAUCUUGAAAAUUGGAUGACAAAUAUUCCCGAACCGGUAAGAAGAAAUGUGCCCAUAAUUUAUUUGGCAAUACCAGGAAGUCACGAUUCGGCUACUUACGGAAUUAAUUCCAAAUCAAAACUUGCACCAGACGCAGAGGAUAUUGUAAAGAAGAUUUAUCCAUUCAUUCCUUGCUUUGUUAUUAGAUGGGCGAAAACACAAAAGUUUUCAUUUAGAGAUCAACUCAACAGUGGUAUAAGAUAUUUUGACUUAAGAGUGGCAGCAAAUGAUGAAGAAGAUGAAAAAGUUUACUUUGUUCAUGGACUUUUUUGUGAAGAAGUUACCCAACCAUUCAACGAAUUGUUAAAGUUUCUGCGUGAACAUCCGAAGGAGUUUGUGAUUUUGGACUUUCAACACUUUUAUAACUUUAGUCGUCAAAAUCAUCAUAAACUUAUUAUACUCAUACUUAACUUAUUUCGUGAAAUUAUAUUUGAACGCAAUCGUGGGUUGCUUCUCAAUCAAUUAACUCUCGGCACAGCUCAUUCUUUGGGAAAGCAAUUAAUAAUUAUUUAUCGUAAAAAUUUAUUUACAAUUGAAGCCUUUUUCUCAUCUCAUGAAUUCCCAACACCAUGGGCAAAUGCAACGAGUAUUCGAUCACUCAAAGAAUUUCUUGAGCAAAGAUUAUCUGGUCGACAUCCACACCAAGGAUUCAUAACUCAAUGCAUUUUAACUCCUGACGUGCGUUUCAUUACUUUCCGAUUUUAUUCAAGUUUGCGUAGAGCGUGUGCAAAGAAAGUUGAUAAAAAUUUAAGUGAAUGGAUUAAAGCACAAACUCCGGGAGAGUUUAAAAAAGGUGAAAAACCAACACCAAACAUUUUUCUUGCUGACUUUACAGACAUUCGUAACAAUAAUUUCUGUAAAAUUGUCGUGGAUUUAAAUAUGAAACUUGAAAGUUCAUUUGUCGAUAAUUCGAGUGUUAUUCAAGUCAGGGGAUUAGAAAACUGA